CCAUAAACCCUAUCUCGUCGCCGUGGAGCUUACAACUCCACCCGCUAAACCCUUCGUUUACCGUUGCAUCACGCGGGAGCAACCAUCCCUUCACAAAAAAAUUUGCUUUUUUUUGGAAUAGUUGUAUUCAGUUCAACCUGUGUAGCAAUCCGAUGCUGGGAACUGGUUUAAGAGCGCGUUUAGUUUACCCCUCGACUUCUAAGUUGAAUAUCUGGAGCAUACCUCUAAACCAGCGCUUCGCAUUUAUUGGGCUAAGGAAGUCUGGGAAAAGCAGGCAACAGCAGAGGGGCAGCAUUUCUGUUAUGGCGGUCAGAAGUUACUCAGGUCGGCCGCCGCUUCGGUCUGGGCGAGGUAGCGGGAACGAAUCUUCACCCUUCUCCAGUAGGAGAAGCAACCCUCCCUCCAAAACCCUCGUGGAGCGGGAAAUUGAUGUUGAUAAGUGGUUUGAUAAGAGGGACGGCUCCAUGCCUAAGCGUCGGAGAGAUGGUGAUUGGGUCUCCAAUGGAGCCUCUGCUUCUUCAAAAGGAAGAGGAAGAGGAACAAGGCCCGGAGAAGGAGACUGGAAGAAAGCCUCCCGGCGAGCAUUAGAAACUAGUGAUGAUGACGAGGACGAUGACAACGAUAGGUUUGAGAAGCGAGAUGUUUCUCGGUCUGCUCUUGGUAGAGAUAAUACUUAUCAGAGACUCGGUAAGAAAAAUUCUAAUGCUUCGACAAUAGGAAAAAGACCUUCGGAAUUUUUUAAAAAGGGGUCAGCAGCUUCUUCUGCUAGUCUAGCGUUGGAACUCAGCGAGGACGAGGACGAGGAUGACGAUGACGGCGACAGUGAAUUUGCCUCUAAUUCAGACGAUGAAGAGUUUGACGCUGCCAAUGUUCUUCAGCGUUCACAGCCCAAGUCGAGUGAUGCUGAGAAAUCAGCGCCGAAGCCGAAGCCCAUGCCUACCAAUGCAGAGAGCAAGGGGGAAUCUUACUUGAGUCUGACAAGAUUUGAAGACUGUAAUAUCUCACCACUCUCACUAAGGGCGAUAAAAGAUGUUGGUUAUGAACGAAUGACGAUUGUUCAAGAAGCAACUCUUCCUUCUAUCCUCAAGGGCAAGGAUGUGUUGGCCAAGGCUAAAACUGGCACCGGAAAGACAGUAGCAUUCUUGCUUCCUGCCAUCGAGGUGAUUUUGAAGUCACCACCUAUCAGUAGAGAUGAGAGAAGGCCUCCCAUCUUUGUACUUGUAAUUUGUCCUACUCGGGAACUUGCAGGUCAAGCUGCUGCAGAGGCUGAAUCUUUGUUGAAGUACCAUGCCAAUAUUGGUGUGCAAGUAGUGAUUGGGGGCACAAAGUUGCCUGCAGAGCAAAAACGUCUACAAGCAAAUCCUUGCCAGAUGUUAGUGGCCACACCGGGAAGGCUUCAGGACCAUAUUGAGAAUACGCCGGGUUUUUCACAACGUCUAAAGGGUGUGAAAGUGCUUAUACUUGAUGAAGCAGACCAUUUGCUAGAUAUGGGAUUUCGUAAACCAAUAGAAAGAAUAGUUGCUGCUGUACCCAAAGAAAGGCAGACUCUAUUGUUUUCAGCUACAGUUCCAAAAGAGGUUCACCAAGUGUCCCAAGUUGCUCUGAGAAGGGAACAUGAAUUUAUCAACACAGUUGAAGAGGGUAGUGAGGAAACUCACUCAAAGGUUUUACAGUCAUCAAUUGUUGCUUCACAUGAUAGCCAUUUCUCCUUAAUUUAUGCGAUUCUCAAGGGGCAUGUCUCAGAGGACCCUGAAUACAAGGUUCUUGUUUUCUGUACAACUGCUAUGAUUACGAGGCUAGUUUCCGAGGUUCUAUCUGAGUUGAAACUGAAUGUUCGUGAGAUUCAUUCAAGAAAAUCUCAGGGUUAUCGAACACGUGUCUCUGAUGAAUUUCGGAAAUCAAAAGGCCUUAUACUCAUUACAUCAGAUGUCUCAGCCCGUGGAGUAGAUUAUCCUGAUGUCACUCUUGUUAUUCAGGUUGGUAUACCUUCUGAUCGAGAGCAGUACAUACACAGACUUGGUAGAACUGGACGCAAAGGUAAAGAGGGUCAGGGCAUUUUGUUGCUUGCCCCAUGGGAGGAGUAUUUUCUGAAGUCUGUGAAAGAUUUGCCCAUUACAAAGGCACUACCACCCACUAUAGAUUUAGAAAUGAAUAUGAAGGUAAAGCGUGCUUUAUCUCAUGUUGAUUUGCAAGCUAAAGCAGCAGCAUAUCAAGCAUGGCUUGGAUACUAUAAUUCUGUCAAAGGAGUUGGAGGAGAUAAGAGUAGGCUUGUUCAACUGGCAAAUGAGUUUAGCCGUUCUAUGGGCUUGGACACACCUCCAGCAAUAAAAAAAAUGACUCUUGCCAAGAUGGGUCUUAAAAAUGUCCCGGGGCUGCGGUCAAUAUAGUGGGCAUGUUCAGAAUGAUCCAUCUUGUACUUUUGAUGAUUAUGCUAUUCUGACUAGAGUUAAUGUUGUGGAUGCCAUGCAAUGAUUUCUUAAUAGAAUUCAUGCAUCUCCAGUGUUUCCAAUAUUCUCCUGGUCUUCAGAAAUCACAAAUUUGCCUUGAAUUUGCGCUUCAUGAUGGAAACCCAAGGGAGCAUGUGAAUUGAUGAAACCAUUUGCUGAGAAUUUUCAGGCAGCAACGAAAGGCUUUAGUAUGGAUAGUUUCUUCUCAAGAUUAAUUACUAUAAAUUUAUGUUCUGGUCAAAUCACUCCUCUAUGGAUGCUUCAGAUUCCUACUGAUGUGAGGAAUGACUAAUUUAAGGACUUGUGGAGAACUGUGACUUUGAUUUCCAGAUUUUGACAUAUUCAGUUGGAACGUUUGUAUUGUUUGACUAUUUUUUGUCCUAUCAUUUGAGUACAGCUUAAUUUUCUCAUUAUUAAUUGAAAUUUCCCCUUUUCCAUA